CUCUCUCUCUCUCUCUCCUUUUCUCCCAACAACAACAGACAGAGCACGAGGAGUUGUAUUAACACGCAUGCGCGGGUUCUGAGCCACGCCCCCUACAGCUGGCUGCACCGCCCUUUCGAUCGACUGCACAAACCAGGCAAGGAGGACACCCCGAGCAAGCAAGGACACACUGCCGAGAAGAUGAGUUCGGUGAAGGUUGCGGUGGUGACAGGCUCUAACAAGGGAAUAGGUCUGGCUAUUGUCAGAUCUCUGUGCAGACAAUACGACGGAGCUGUCUACCUCACAGCCAGGAAUGAAGAGCUCGGUCAGCAAGCAGUCAAGAAACUGGAAUCAGAGGGGUUAAAACCGAAAUUCCACCAGUUGGACAUCGAUUCACCUGAAUCCAUCGAACGUUUAAAGAAUUACCUCUCCUCUACUUACGGGGGUCUCGAUGUGCUCAUCAACAAUGCCGCCAUAGCGUACAAAAUGGCUUCCACUGCUCCCUUCCUCGAGCAAGCCACAAACACCGUUCGAAUCAAUUUUACUGGAACUCUGAACAUUAAACGCGCCCUUCUCCCGCUCGUUCGUCCCCACGGUCGAAUCGUAAACGUGUCUUCGAUGGUAUCCAAACUAAGUCAAGUCAGCUCUGAGCUCCAGAAGAAGUUUUCGGAUCCGAAACUUACAGAGGGGGAGCUGGUGGCGCUGAUGAAGCAGUUUGUUGAUGAUGUGACCGCGGGUAGCCACAAGGAGAAGGGAUGGUCCAACUCUGCCUAUGCGACCUCUAAACUUGGAGUUACAGCUCUGACUAAGGUACAUGCCCGUGAGAUCGCGUCCAGUGGGAAGGAAGACGUGUUGAUGAACAGCUGCUGUCUUGGAUGGGUGAGUAUUAUAGUAGCAAGUGUCAGCACAGUAAGCUAGGCACUGGG